CCAGCACCAGCCAAAACUUGGAGUUCGCAUUAGUAUGUCGAAACCAGUCAUCUGGUUUUCUGCCCUCGUUUCAAGAGUUUGCACUGAUCGACGAAUGACUGCACAACCUCCAACGCCUGAGCGGCUGCCUUUGAUCUUCACCUUUAUGCUGCUUCUGGUCGGGCAGCACACAACGAAGCGUCUAUAUUCGCACUUCUCCAUCUCACCUCGGAAUCGUGGACAGAAAUACGGAAUGCGAACGAUACGUUGCAGACGCUAUUGCCGCUGCAGCAUUGCGAGGCGAAUCCGAACUGACAACUGCCGCUUGGACUACAAGCGACCCCAGGUCAGUCUAGGCAAACCAAGAUCAUGAAUCAAUAUAAGCCCUCUAGCGAUCUCCGUGAAAGAAUUUAAGACAAUGUGUCGCG